AUAAUCCUUCUGUUUUCAUUUAAAAGGGAGAAAACGAACCACUCGAGGGGGUUCAAUGUUAUUCAUACUGAACUUUGUGUUGUCUGUACAAAUGUGACGGGCAUAUGUAGUCUUUUGAAUAAACGGCGGACAGUUGUGUGAACGUACAGAUCAACAUGGACACUCAAAAGGAUGUUCCACCACCUAAGCAGCAACCAAUGAUAUACAUUUGUGGAGAGUGCCACACAGAGAACGAAAUUAAAGCCAGGGAUCCAAUCAGAUGUCGAGAAUGUGGCUAUAGGAUAAUGUACAAAAAAAGAACAAAAAGAUUGGUGGUGUUUGAUGCUCGAUAAUUCCUUAUCAAGGACUCAUCUUCAAAGAAGAGAUUUUUCAUUUUAAUUUGUAAUAUUUUCUAUAGUUUCCAGUAAAUUAUUGCAAAUGCAUUCUGUUACUGU